GGGAAAGGCAGCGCCACCCCCUCCCGACCCGUGAGCGGCCUCCGGGGCUCCCGUCCCGAGCGCCCCACGGAACCAAGCGCCUCCCUGCCCGCGAGCGAAGCCGUCUGCGGGCUGCCCCGACCGCCUCUCCAGCUGCAAGGGGGGCGCGGGGGGCGCGCAGGCCCGGGGGCGUGGAGCGGGACCCCGACGGGGCAAGCGGCACCAGGGGCGCGGGGAACGGAGCCACACGAGCUGGAACGCGGGCCCAGAGACACCCCGGGUCCGACCUCCGUCCAGGAUGCAGCACCGAGGCUUCCUCCUCCUCGCCUUCCUCGCCCUGCUGGCGCUCACCUCCGCGGCGGCCAAAAAGAAAGACAAAGUGAAGAAGGGCGGCCCGGGGAGCGAAUGCGCCGAGUGGACCUGGGGACCCUGCACCCCCAGCAACAAGGACUGCGGGGCGGGCUUCCGCGAAGGGACCUGCGGGGCCCAGACCCAACGCCUCCGCUGCCGGGUGCCGUGCAACUGGAAGAAGGAGUUCGGAGCCGACUGCAAGUACAAGUUUGAGAGCUGGGGGUCCUGCGAUGGGAGCUCGGGCACCAAAGCCCGCCAAGGCACCCUGAAGAAGGCGCGGUACAACGCCCAGUGCCAGGAGACCAUCCGCGUCACCAAGCCCUGUGCCCCCAAGACCAAAGCCAAGGCCAAAGCCAAGAAAGGGAAGGGAAAGGACUAGAGGCCAGGCCUGAAUCCAAAGAGCCCCUGGCCCACGUGCUCCCUCCCCCAGCCCCAGUAUAACCCACCAGUGCCUUUUGUGACUCUUCAGCUUUAUCAAUCAUGCCCUGCCCUCCCCCACCCCCCAAGUGCCCACAGUGGGGAGGGACAAGGGAUUCUGGCAGCUGGAGCCUCCCCCAAAGGAAUUUGGUUCCCAUGCCCCUGUUCUUACCCACCAUGAUGCCAUUGCUAAAAAACAAAUAAAACUCAUUUUCUCCCAA